AUGAACCCACAUCUCGUGUCCACGGCUCCCCUCAAUAUUGUUUCAAAGGUCACAAAAGAUCCCUUCCCACUUCUGGAACUGCCAAUAGAGAUCCGUAAUAUUGUGUAUGAGUACGUACUCUUUGAACCAGGAAGGGUCGACCGCAGGGACGUGGAGCAACGCCUAGUGGACAUCUAUGGCGAUGGUAUCGAGAUACCUACCGGAAUGAUUCUAGGUAGCCGGGAACUGCUCGAUCAACACCUAGUGGACAUCCACGGCUACGGCAUCAAGAUACCUACCAACAUUCUUCUAGCUAGCCGCCAACUGUUCGAGGAAGCACGAAAUGUGCUAAUCGGCGCACAACUUGUAAAGGUUAACACAUACGGUUGGAAAAACGAAGCCCUGCGCCUUGAAGCCGCAAGAAACGACAAGAUUCCGAUGUUCCAUAAAAUGUACGGGGAAUUCUGCCUCUUGGAACACACCAUCGUCAAUCGUGGCUUUGAGGAGAUGGAUAUGGACCCCGAUUCUACUUUCAUUAUACGAAAGCGGGAUGUGUUCCGUUUCUGUGGUGGAAUCCCUGGGUUGGACCUCGACAGCUACGUCCCGCAAAUGCUGCACGGAAUCACACACGGCCUGCAACUCCUCAAUCCAGAGGCCAGGGAGCUACGGGCUCCUUUCAACAUUCCCAUGAGGGUCCCUGGCCACCGCCGCCUCCUUGAAGAAUACCAGAGGGCGCUUGCUGGCUGUCGUAAUGUCUACGGUCCUCCACAUUAG